AUGUCCACUCCACCACAACACUCACAUACCCAUGCUCCCGUAUUCAAUUUCGAGUUAUUGCAUUCUAUAGUACUUUCUUUUGCUGAUCGUUUAUUUGAAGAAAGUAAUAAAAUCCCAGUAUUUAAAUAUAUUGUGCAAUACAUCCGCAAAUCUCAUCAAGAUGAUCCAUAUAGAACCAUGAUCGAGUUAUGUCUUAUUAUUUAUGGCAUCAUUUAUUUUUUGGCAAAACCCAAGAAAACACGCGCUCACAAUGCAAACAACCUGUACUUAAGCAAUAAGGAAACAAAUCUAUUAAUUGAAGAAUGGGAACCCGAACCAUUGGCUGUACCAAUCAGCGAAGAUGUGGAUAAAUCUGGUGCUGCUUGGAGAUUGAAGUCUAUACCCAAGAUCGUCAAAUAUUAUAAUUCGAAACCAAACUAUGUUGACUUACAAGUAAAUGGUGCUGAAAAUACCUACACAAAUGUUUUAAACAUGAGUUCCUUCAAUUUUUUGCAAUUAAACACACAUCCAGAGGUCAUGGAUGCUAUAACUGAAACAAUCAAAAACUACGGUGUUGGUUCUUGCGGUCCAGCAGGGUUUUAUGGCAAUGAAGAUGUCCAUUACAAUUUAGAAUAUGAUUUAGCCAAGUUUUUUGGCACUGAAAAUGCAGUAUUAUACGGACAAGAUUUUUGCGUUGCACCUUCUGUUCUAAGUACCUUUGCUAAAAGGGGCGAUUUCAUUGUUGCAGAUAAUCAAGUUUCCGUUUCUAUUCAAAAUGCUUUAAGUUUAAGUAGAUCUACAGUUUAUUACUACCAGCACAAUGAUAUGGAUUCCUUAGAGAGUCUAUUGAUCAAAAUUAAUGAAGAUGAAAAACAUGAACCUAUUAUUCAUAGAAAAUUUAUUGUUACUGAGGCUGUUUUCCACAAUUCUGGAGAUUUGUGUCCCUUGGACAAAAUAGCAGAGUUGAAGGAAAAAUAUAAGUUUCGUUUGUUUUUAGAUGAGACUUUAUCGCUAGGUGUGUUGGGUGCUCAUGGCAAAGGGAUUACUGAACAUUUUGGAUUUGAAAAAACUGGUAGCGUUGUUGAUAUUGUUGUUGGCUCCAUGGCUAAUGUAUUUGGUUUGAGUGGUGGUUUUGUUCUAGGUGACGAUGUUAUGUCUUAUUUCCAAAGAAUUGGUUCGAACGCCUAUUGUUUUUCUGCUUCAUUGCCACCAUAUGGUGCUAAAGGAUGCUCUGCUAUUUUAGAUGUAUUAAAAAGAGAUAAUAGUACAGUGCUAAACCUGCAAAAAAAUUCACGUAAACUGCAUGAUUUAUUUUUUUCCACUACUAGUAUAUUGAACUAUUUUCAAAUUACUUCAAGUGAAUAUAGCCCAAUAGUUCAUUUAAGUUUGACACCUGAUUUUAGAUAUUCUAAGUUUGGUUCUACUUUGGAAGAUAUUUAUGCUAAAUUGUUGAAACAGCAAGAAACUUGCAAACAAGAUAUUGAAAUUGAAGAAUUUAACAAAGAGGAAUUUUUCUUACAAAGUAUUGCUAAUAAAGUAUUAGAAAGGGGGAACAUAUUGAUUGCAAGAAACCCACACGCAUUAAAACAUGAAUCUUUACCUAUUUCUCCAAGCUUAUUGGUAUGUUGUAGUAGUUCAAUGUCGGAUGAAGAAAUUGUCAAGUCAUUUAACGUUAUUAAAGAGGUAAUUAUGGAGGUUGUUUAA